AUGUUUUCCAAGAAGUCCUCGGAGAAGCACGCCGACCCGGUCGCGGGCAACGGCGCCGGCCUCUCGGACGAGGGCGCCUACGCGCAGGACUCGCCCGUCCGCUACGACGAGCUGCACGUCGCCUGCCCGCCGCACACGACGGAGCGCCGCCUCAUGGCCAAGAUCGACCUGCGCGUCAUCCCCUUCAUCUCCCUGCUCUACCUGCUCGCCUUCCUCGACCGCAUCAACAUGGCCAACGCCCGCUCCUUCAAGCUGCAGGCCGACCUCGACAUGGGCGACACGACCAAGUUCAACACGGCCCUGACCAUCUUCUUCGUGCCCUACGUGCUCUUCGAGAUCCCCUCCAACAUCCUGCUCAAGCGCUUCUCCCCGCGCGUCUGGCUGUCCCUCUGCGGCAUGGGCUUCGGCCUCGUCACCCUGUGCCAGGGCCUCGUCCAGAACUACGCCGGCCUCCUGGCCACCCGCUUCUUCCUCGGCGUCUUCGAGUGCGGCAUGUUCCCGGGCUGCUUCUACCUCCUGAGCAUGUGGUACAAGCGCUCCGAGGCCCAGCGCCGCUACUCCUUCUUCUUCUCCUCCACCUCCCUCGCCGGCGCCUUCGGCGGCCUGCUGGCCUCGGGCAUCGGCAAGAUGCAGGGCUUGCGCGGGUACAACGGCUGGCGCUGGAUCUUCAUCAUCGAGGGCGCCAUCACCUUCCUCGUCUGCUUCGCCUUCCUCUUCGUCUUCCCCUCCUUCCCGGAGCAGGCCGGCUGGCUGACCGAGGACGAGCGCGCCUACGUCCGCGCCCGCCUCGAGGCCGACGUGGGCCGCAACGCCGCCGAGCGCAAGCUCGGCUUCCGCGACGUCCUGACCGUCAUGCGCGACUACAAGAUCCUCCUCGGCGGCUUCAUGUACUUUGGCCUCAUCGUGCCCGCCUACGGCUACGCCUUCUUCUCCCCGGCCAUCCUGUCGACCUACAACUACGACCCCAUCCAGACGCAGCUGCACUCGGUCCCGCCCUGGGCCGUCGCCUUCGGCUUCGCCAUGGUCGUCGCCACGCUGUCCGACGUCACCAAGCACCGCUUCCUCUUCACCGUGGGUCCCAUCUGCCUGUCCCUCGCCGGCUUCGGCAUCCUCAUGAACGUCCACGACCGCACCGACGUCGAGUACGCGGCCCUCUUCCUCAUCUGCAUGGGCACCUACAGCGCCAUGCCCGUCAUCGUCUGCUGGUUCAACAUGAACCUCGGCGGCCACCACCGGCGCGCCAUCGGCGUCGCCUGGCAGAUCGGCUUCGGGAACAUCGGCGGCAUCAUCGCCACCUACGCCUUCCUGCCCACCGACGCGCCCUUCUACCGCAAGGGCUACUCCAUCUGCAUCGGCUUCGUGUGCCUGAGCGCCUUCAGCUGCGUCCUGUACUUCCUCGCCAUCACGUGGGAGAACCGCCGGCGGGACAAGGCCGUGCACGACGUCGGGCUGACCGACUAUGAGAAGACGGAGCUCGGGGAUCUUAACCCUGACUUCAGGUACAUGAUCUAA